AUGCAUCUUAUUCUUACCGGAGCAACCGGCCUGGUUGGCUCAUCCGUGCUGGAUGCUAUGCUCAAGAAUAAAGCCAUCUCCAAGAUCUCAGUUCUCAGCCGAAGACCUGUGCCAAUGGCAGACGAUGCUAGAGAUCCGCGGGUCCGCGUGAUUCUCCACAAGAACUUUGACGUCUAUGGGCCAGAGCUGCUGGAUCAGCUGCAAGAUGCUGAGGGAUGCGUCUGGGCUUUGGGAACGAGCUCGACCAAUGUCAACGCAGACCAGUAUGUCAAGAUCACCAAGGACUAUGCUCUUGCAGCCGCCGAUGCAUUCUCCACUCUCAAGUCUUCUUCCUCCCAGCACCCUUUCCGUUUUAUCUACGUCUCGGGUGAAGGAGCCACACACAAUCCUGGCCGCUUCUCUGCGAUCUUUGCACGAGUCAAAGGUGAGACCGAACAGCUGCUUGGUAAGCUGUCGGAGCAGAUCCCCACCCGCCUCCGGGCCGACAGCAUGAGACCAGGCUUCGUGGACCCGGCCAUGCACCCGGCAAUUCAGCCGUACAUUCCCGCCCAGGUAGUGAAGGGAUUCUUCCCACGGAUAGGAGUGGCACUGAGCGUGCCGAUUAUCCGAUAUGCGCUGCCAGGAAUGCACUCGCCGACUGAGCGCCUGGGAGACUUUUUGACCGAUAUGGCAAUGGGCAAGGUGGAAGGUCAAUUUGAGGGACCAGGAGCGUUCAGAGUCGGAGGCGGGUGGGUGGUGCAAAAUAAGGGGAUGAGGAGGAUAUUGGGACUG